CAACUCUGGAAGAAAUCUAUCUCUUACAGAGCGGGUUAUGGGGCAACGAAAGAGGCUUGAAGAUGCAGUGGACGCCAGAACAUGCCCAGUGGCCAGAGCAGCACUUUGACAUCACUUCGACCACCCGCUCUCCCGCCCACAAGGUAGAAGCUUACCGUGGCCAUCUUCAGCGUACCUAUCAGUAUGCCUGGGCGAACGAUGACAUCUCUGCUCUCACAGCCUCAAAUCUGCUAAAGAAAUAUGCAGAAAAGUAUUCCGGCAUUUUGGAAGGGCCAGCCGAACGCCCCAUCCUGGGUAACUAUGUGGAGCCUCCAUCAGGGCUGGUGAAUGGUCGCAAAAGCGAAAGUGAGCCCUGGCAGCCUUCUCUGAACUCUGAGAGUGUUUAUCCUAUGAACUGUGUCCCAGAUGUUAUUACCGCUAGCAAAGCUGGAGUAAGUACUGCCCUCCCUCCGGCGGAUGUCUCUGCCAGUAUAGGGAGCUCACCUGGGGUGGCUAGCAACCUGACGGAACCUAGUUAUUCAAGUAGUACGUGCGGAAGUCAUACAGUCCCUAGUCUGCAUUCAGGGCUCCCAUCUCAGGAAUAUGCCGCAGGGUAUAACGGAUCAUACCUGCAUACAAGUUACAGUGGCCAGCCAGCACCUGCACUUCCUUCACCUCAUCCCUCUCCUUUGCAUAGCUCUGGGCUUUUACAGCCACCUCCUCCUCCACCACCACCACCAGCCCUAGUACCAGGCUACAAUGGGACAUCUAACCUUUCCAGUUAUAGCUACCCUCCAGCAAGUUAUCCCCCUCAAAGUGCUGUUGGGCCUGGGUACAGCCCUGGUGGAGCACCACCUCCUUCAGCCUAUCUACCUUCAGGUAUCCCUGCCCCAACUCCUCUCCCCCCCACCACAGUACCUGGGUACACCUACCAGAGUCAUGGCUUAACGCCCAUUGCGCCGUCAGCCCUGACCAAUAGCUCAGCAACUUCUCUCAAGAGAAAAGCUUUCUAUAUGGCAGGGCAAGGAGAAAUGGACUCCAGCUACGGAAAUUACAACUAUGGCCAACAGAGAUCUACACAAAGCCCCAUGUACAGGAUGCCUGACAACAGCAUUUCCAAUGCCAGCAGAGGGAAUGGCUUUGACCGAAGCGCUGAAUCCUCCUCCUUGGCCUUUAAGCCAACCAAACAAAUCAUGGCUUCCGAGCAGCAAAGGAAAUUUAACCAGUCUGGUCGGGCUCUGACGCCCCCUUCCUAUAGUUCUGCUAAAAAUUCCCUCAGCUCCCGAGCAAGUGAGCCCUUUGGGAAAUAUAGCUCUCCCGUCAUGAACGAACACGGCGAAGAACAUAGGCAGCUUCUUCCUCAUCCAAUGCAAGGCCCGGGACUUCGUGGAGCUACCUCAUCCAACCACUCUGUGGACGAGCAACUGAAGAACACCGAUGCGCACCUCAUGGAUCUUGUGACCAAUGAGAUUAUCAGCCAAGGGCCACCUGUAGACUGGAAUGACAUUGCUGGACUAGAUUUGGUGAAGGCUGUCAUUAAAGAGGAGGUUUUAUGGCCAGUAUUGAGGUCAGAUGCAUUUAACGGGCUGACUGCUCUACCUCGGAGCAUCCUCUUAUUUGGACCGCGGGGCACAGGCAAAACAUUACUGGGGAGAUGUAUAGCUACCCAACUAGGUGCCACAUUUUUCAAACUCACAGGUUCUGUUCUUGCCACAAAGUGGUUGGGAGAAGGAGAAAAAAUUGUUCACGCUUCCUUCCUGGUGGCAAGGUGCCGACAGCCCUCGGUGAUUUUUGUUAGUGACAUUGAUAUGCUCCUUUCAUCCCAAGUGAGUGAAGAGCACAGUCCGGUCUGUCGGAUGAGGACCGAGUUCCUUAUGCAGCUGGACACCGUGCUCACUUCCGCUGAGGACCAAAUAGUAGUCAUCUGCGCCACCAGUAAACCGGAAGAAAUAGACGAGUCUCUUCGAAGGUACUUCAUGAAACGACUCUUAAUCCCACUUCCUGACAGCACAGCCAGGCACCAGAUAGUAGUACAGCUGCUUUCACAGCACAAUUACUGCCUCAGCGACAAGGAGGUUGCACUGCUAGUCCAGCGUACAGAAGGCUUCUCUGGACUCGACGUGGCUCAUUUGUGUCAGGAAGCCGUCGUGGGGCCCCUCCAUGCCAUGCCAGCCACAGACCUUUCGGCCCUUAUGCCCAGUCAGUUGAGGCCUGUUACGUACCAAGACUUCGACAAGGCUUUUUGCAAAAUACAGCCUAGCAUCUCUCCAAAGGAGCUCGACACAUACGUCGAAUGGAACAAAAUGUUUGGCUGCAGUCAGUGACAAGCCGUCUCUCUUUUUUUAAAACAAAAACAAAAACAAACAAAAACAAAAAAACAAAAAUGGUGAAACAAAACAAAAACAAAAAAAAUGUAAUGAAUGUUGGUGCGCGCACACACAUAUGUACACACAAACCUGUUACCUAGGGCAUGGAACCCCUUUUUCAGCGGUGUUGACAUUACGGAAGGGUACAGGGGGUG